GCAAAAGUCGUUGCAACAUAUUUAGCACAGAAAAUACAUGACGAUUGUGCGAUCUUGAAGCCGAAGGCCAUCCAGCUGGAGCUGCAACGUGAGUUUGGCGUACAGAUCAAGUACGAUGUUGCAUUGCGAGCCCGUAAUCGAGCGACUGAGAUGGUUUAUGGUCGACAUAAUCAGUCCUUCGAGAUGCUGCCUAAGUACUUAUACAUGUUGAGAUAAUCUAAUCCCGGUUCGUUGGUGGAGUGGGAAGUUGACACUGAUGGCCGAUUCAAACACUUAUUUGUUGCUCUUGCAGCUUCGGCUAGUUGUUUCAUGUUCAACUUACGGCCAGUGAUUGUAGUCGACGGCACACACUUGAAGGGCAAGAAUAGGGGUAUUCUGUUUGUUGCAGUGACGAAGGAUGGCAACGAGAGUUUAUUCUCACUCGCGUAUGGUGUUGGCCCGAAAGAGAAUGAUGAAUCGUGGAUGUAUUUCAUGUCGCGCAUUCGACGUGUUUAUGGGCAAGCCAAUCCACUUUUGAUUGUCUUUGAUCAACAUAUCUCCAUUGCCAAUGCUAUCAGGAAUGAGUUACCAAAUGCCACCCACGGCCUAUGCUACUACCAUUUGCAAACUAACCUGAAGCAUUACGGUAAGGCAGUGGUAGAGUUGUAUCGACAAGCUGCAUUUGCAUACGAGAAAUCUAACUUCACUAGGGCUAUGAACGCCCUAAAGGUUACGAAGAGAGCUGCAUACGAUAAACUAAUGGGGAUUGGGCCGGAAAAGUGGGCUCGUUCGAUGUGUCCUAUGCCUGUGCGACGGUACAGUUUUAUGACAUCAAAUGUUGCUGAAGCUUUUAAUGCCAGAUUGUUGUGGGCAAGAAGACUUCCUAUCUGCUCAAUGUUAGAGGCAAUCAGACUUGUUAUUGAGAAAUGGUUCAGCGAGCGACUAAGAGCUGCACAACAAAACGAGGAACCCUUGACUGCUGAGGCCGGUAAAAGGGUAGCUAUUGAAGUCCAAAAAAGUCGUCGACACACUGCACAAAGGUUGAGUGGCCGGAAGUAUAAGGUGCAAACUGCUGACAGAAGCUUUAAGGUGGAUCUGGAGAAGAAAAAAUGCGAAUGUCGAGCAUUUCAGCUAGACCAACUGCCAUGUUCUCAUUCAAUCGCUGCAAUAAGUGAGGCAGGUGAUACGAUCGCGGAGUAUGUAGAUGCUUACUACACGAAUGAAUUUCUUAUCGAUAGUUACUCUGGCGAAGUUAAUAAUCUCCCGCCGAGACACCAGUGGUUGAUUCCUGAGUACAUCGCUGAGCAGUUUGUAUUACCUCUGAUUGUAAAAGAACAAUCGGGGCGCUCAAAAGAAGGUAGACAUCGAGGUGGUGGUGAAGGCAGCAGCACACAAGCAGAUGAGUCUUCUAGUAUUAGGCGUCGUAAACCAAAGAAGUGCAGCAUCUGCCAUGAAGAAGGACACAGCAAGAGAACGUGCGCUGGCAGGGCGACUGAGCCCAGGGAGUAG